AUGAUGGAACAGGAACUGUCAUAUCGACCAUUGAUAGCGCAUAGUCGCUUAAAUACUAGAAACCAUUUUUCAUGUUAUUUCUCCCCCCCCUCUCUCUCUCUCUCUGUCUUUCUUUCUUUCUUUCCCGCUUCACUUCUCUCUUUUCUUCGCUUUCUCUUUCUUUCUCAUUCUUUCAUAGCCCCAUUUUUCUUUUUCCUUCCUUUUUUCACUCCAUUUUUCUCUCCUCUCUUCUUCCCUCUUCACUAUUUCUCUCCUCUCUCCUUGCCUUUUCCCUAUUUCUCUCCUCUCUCCUUGCCUUUUCACUAUUUCUCUCCUCUCUCCUUGCCUUUUCACUAUUUCUCUCCUCUCUCCUUGCCUUUUCACUAUUUCUCUCCUCUCUCCUUGCCUUUUCACUAUUUCUCUCCUUCCCUCUUCUUUAUUUCUCUCUUCUCUCCUCUCUUCUUUAUUUCUCUCUUCUCUCUUUCCCUCUUCUUUAUUUCUCUCCUUCCCUCUUCUUUAUUUCCCUCUUCUCUAUUUCCCUCCUUCCCUCUUCUCUAUUUCUCUCCUCGUUCCUAUCCUUCCCUUUUCCCUCCUCUCCUUCCCUUUUUGCUCCUUCUCUUCUUCUCUCUUCACUCCUUCUCUUCCUCUCUCUUCGUCCCUUCUCUUCACUCUUCGGUAUUUCUCUCGCCUCUUCUUCCUUUUUCGCCCCUUCUCUUCUCUCCCAUUUCCCUUUUUGCUCCUUUUUUCUCUCUCCUUCCAUCUUCACUCCUUCUCUUGUCUCUUUCUCCUUCACUCUUCACUCCUUCUUUUAUCCCUCCUUUUCUCUUCACUCCUUUUGUUCCUCCUUUUCCCUCCACUCCUUCUCAUGUCCUUCCUUUUCCCUCCACUCCUUCUCUUAUCCUUCCUUUUCCCUACACUCCUUCUCUUAUCCUUCCUUUUCCCUCCACUCCUUCUCUUGUCCACACUUUUCUCUUCACUCUUUCUCUUGUCCCUCCUUUUCUCUUCACUCCUUCUUUUAUUCCUCCUUUUCUCUUCACUCCUCUUGUUCCUCCCUUUCCCUCCACUCCUUCUCUUGUCCUUCAUUUUCCCUCCACUCCUUCUCUUGUCCUUCCUUUUCCCACCACUCCUUCUCUUAUCCCCACCUUUUCUCUUCACUUUUUCUCUUGUCCCUCCUUUUCUCUUCACACCUUCUCUUGUUCCCUCUUCACUACUUUUCUUAUCUCUCACUCAUUCUCUUCUCUAUCUUCCGACUACUCUCCCUUUUUGCUCAACAAUAUAUCUACUCUCUCACUCUUUCUCUCACUCACUUUCACUCCAUGUUUAUAUUUUACCAUUACUUUUCUUCUUCCUCUUACUCGUUACUCCCUCUCGUUAUUGUUAUAUAAUUCCUCUUAUAUAUCCUCUUACUGCUACUGUCUCUCUCUUGUUAUAGCUUUGUCAUUGCUGUUGCUUUUCCGCCUACUCUCUUUGUUGCUCAAUAUAUCUUGUCUCUGUCACUAUCUCUUCAUACAUUACUAUUACUUUUCUUCUUCUUCUUCUUCUUCUUCUUCUUCUUCUUGCUGCUGCUGUAUUAUAUUUCUUUGGUCUUUCAGUUCUCCAAUCUAUGAUCCCUCUUGGCUUACGGCUACAUAA